GGCAGAAGGAGAACCACCUGGAACCGGGUCCUGGAAGCCUGGAAAGUUCUGAAACCUUCGAGCGUCAGCCAUGUCCAAGAAUCUCAAGACGUCAAUCAACCGGACCAGGCAUUCCAUUGAAAGAUGCUUGCAACGUAAAUGAAGCUCUAGACAAUGCCAUCAAUCUUUCAUGCCAGGCUACCCCUCUGUCCUCACCGCCUCACACUGCCUUGCGCCACCGCCCUCCGCCGUGCCACCGCCACCACCAUGUCCUUGUCGUCAUCACCGUCGCCUUCUACAGGCCUGGAUUCCGACCAGCAAAGGGCGUUGCUGGAGCGGGCGAUGAAGUACCACAACCAGACGAAGCACUCGUUCACCAACUACGCCAGAGGCCCGCACGGCCUCGACUGGGCCAAUCAGCCAAAUCCUUUUCGCCGCUACGUCUCGGCGCCUUUGGUUCCUCUUCUUCACUUUCCCACAGAGUCGGGAAAUUCGUCGAACACCGAGGCUCCAUUAUACUCUUCUGUGUUCCAGUCUCUUCCCUCUCCGAAACCCAUCUCUAAGUCUUCUAUUUCUCAGCUGUUCUAUGAUUCUCUCGCUUUAUCGGGGUGGAAAAGUACUGGGCUCUCGACCUGGUCGCUCCGGGUGAACCCUAGCAGCGGCAAUCUCCAUCCGACAGAAGGUUACAUCAUUGCCCCUGCAGUCGAUUCGCUCUCGGACUCGCCUUUUGUGGCUCAUUACGCCCCAAAAGAGCAUUCUCUGGAGAUUAGGACCCAUAUCCCGUCUGGGUUUUUCCCCAAAUUCUUCCCGGAAGGGUCUUUCCUUAUUGGGUUUUCGUCAAUUUUCUGGCGGGAGGCCUGGAAGUACGGCGAGAGGGCGUUUCGGUAUUGCAAUCACGAUUUGGGGCAUGCCAUUGCCGCGGUUUCUAUGGCUGCGGCUGGUCUUGGUUGGGAUGUGAAGAUUCUCGACGGUUUAGGUUAUGAGGAUCUGGAUAAGCUUUUUGGGCUUGAAUUCUUCCCGGAAUUCGAAAUCCCGGCUAGGCCUAUGAAAGGAAAAUUACCUGCGAUUGAAUAUGAGCACCCUGAUUGUGUGCUCGUUGUUUUCCCAAAUGGGGUUGGUGAAUUUGGCGUGAACUAUAAGGAAUUGAGUUCAGCUAUAUCUGAGUUUUCAAAAUUGGACUGGAAAGGAAAACCUAAUUUGCUCAGUAAAGAGCAUGUGUGUUGGGAUAUAAUAUAUAGAACAGCUGAAGCUGUUAAGAAGCGAUUAGAGGUAGGAAAUAAAUUAUUGGUUGAGCCUUUUCGGGGAAGUGGACUGUGCAGUGAAAGGUCAUAUAAAGGUUUUUCACUGAGGGAAAUUGUUAGGAAGCGGAGGAGUGCAGUGGAUAUGGAUGGAGUUACUGUAAUGGACAGGGAGACGUUUUAUCAGAUUCUCUUACAUUGCCUUCCUUCAGGUUCUCGAGAUGGAGGGAAACAAAGUAGACAAUUGGCAUUGCCAUAUAGGACUCUUGCUUGGGAUUCUGAGGUGCAUGCUGCUUUAUUCGUUCAUCGUGUUUCAGGGUUGCCAAAAGGUUUAUAUUUAUUGGUGAGGAAUGAAAACCAUUUUGAUGAUCUUAAGAAGGCUACAAGGUCCGAGUUUAAGUGGGAGAAGCCAGAAGGAUGCCCUGAUGAUCUCCCUCUAUAUGAACUUGCUAGAGGUGAUUGUAGAAAGCUUUCCAAACAGCUUUCUUGCCAUCAGGAUAUUGCUAGUGACGGCUGCUUCAGUCUAGGCAUGGUGGCCCAUUUUGAACCUACCUUGCGUUCAAAGGGUGUGUGGAUGUAUCCUCGGUUAUUUUGGGAGACUGGUGUUCUUGGUCAGGUGUUGUACCUUGAAGCUCAUGCAGUUGGCAUAUCAGCUACUGGGAUUGGUUGCUUCUUUGAUGACCCUGUACAUGAAGUUCUCGGGUUGAGAGGAUCGAACUACCAGAGCCUUUAUCAUUUCACAGUCGGGGGACCAGUCGUGGACAAGCGAAUCGUGAGCCUACCUGCAUAUCCAGGUCCUGGUGUUGAUGCAUGAACAUUGCAAGAUCAGCUUGUUCAAGGUAACCAAAACAAAAGAGGGCAGGUCCAUGACUGGAAGGAAUAAAUCCUCAACUCAAAGCUGCAAAUGCUGCUUGCCCUGUGUAUAUGUUUCACAGCAUUAACAGAGCUUCAGCUUGAAGCUCUGAUCAACAACCAAAUCAAAAGAGGAUGAAUAUUAACUCUUGGUGAUACAAUGAUAUUCUUUUAACCACACUGUAUACCUACAAGAUGAAGAUUUGAUUAGUAUAAUUCUGUGUAUAGUAAGUGGAUUAGCAAGAAGUUGAUUAUAUGUUAAAGCUCUCUCUCUCUCU